CUCUGUACAUAUUUCACAAAUAAUAACACAUCUUCUGCUCCUUGUUCUUUUUUUCUCCAGUGCCUGCCUGCAGGUAUAAUAUAUAUUGUUAUGAUAUAACACUGCUGUUUGUGCAUCGUUGGAAAAAAUGUUGGGAUAUUUCCUUUCAACUGUCCUUCUGAUGGCUUUUGGGUAUGUUUACCCAGCAUAUCAAUGCUACAAGGAGAUGGAGAAAAAUGUAGUAAGUAAGGAGCAAAUCUUGUUUUGGUGCCGCUAUUGGAUUUUGGUGGCAGUUCUCAUCGUCAUCGAGAGCUUUGCGGAUGUGAUUGUAUCAUGGUUGCCUUUGUAUGGUGAAUCUAAGCUUGCAUUUGUUAUCUACCUUUGGCAUCCCAAAACACAAGGGGCAAAUUAUGUGUACAGUGUUAUGCUUCGGCCUAUUGUAACGCAACACGAGAAGGAAAUCGACAGAACAAUAAUGGAAUUAUGGUGUAGAGGUAAGGACAUAGCCGUUCAGUUUAUGCGAAACGGUGCAUAUUAUGGCCAAACAAGAAUUUUCGAGGUUCUGCGAUAUGUUUCUACUCAAGCUGCGGCAGCUCCCGCCCCAGCUGCAGCAGCCGAAAAAGAAAAAGAAACGGGAAAGGCAAAGUAAAUUAGUUGAUCCGCCGGUUGCUUAAGCGAAUUUCUACAUAACUAACAGAGUAGAUUACUCGAUCAGCCGGUUGCUUGAAGGAAUCCUACAUAACUUUGUUCAUUGUUUUUGUGCAUUUUGUUGUUGAUAUAUACACAAUCAAUUUUCACAAUUGUUGACUUGAAUGGGGAUGCUAGUUUCUACUGACGGAUUAUAUGUCAAUAUAUAUGAUUUUGGUUUUUUGUU